UCUCGACUCUCGAGUCUAUUAAUUUUGGGAUCAUCCAUAAAUAACGUUACACUGAUUUUCGGGUUUUUUGACCCUCCCCCUUCGUUGCAUUUAGUUGCAAAUUAGAAAUUACCAACACCGCCCCCCCCCCUAAAUAUAACGUUGCAAAAAUGACUUAUACCCCCAAAAAUAAGAUUUAUAUCAUCAAAAUCAUGGUUGGUGGAAUUGGAUAGUGAGGAAGAGAAAUUAAAUAUUAUGAGGUUAAAAGGGAGACUGAAAGGAAGUGUGAUAAGAAUAGAUGAGGAUAGAACUUGGAGAGAAAAGAAGAAUAUUUAUAGCUUUUGAGAGAGAAAGCGUGGAACGAAAGAAGGAAUGGAAGAGUGGUAAGAAUGGGUAAAGACAGAAUGGUCAAUUAAAACAGGAAACGGAAGUCCUGGCACUGGCAGUUUUUGAUAGGUUAAAUUAUUUUCGUAAGAUUGAUAAAGAAGCCUAUAGCGAACGUGAAGAGUAAUUGGUGGACGAUUUAAAAUGCAGCCAAUAGGAACAAUAGGAUUUGAUUUGAUUUUGUCGUCAUGGCAACGUUUGUCAGUUUCACGUUUUUCACUCACGCCGUAGCAAGAAAUAAUGACAUAUUCAUAAAUAAUUAAAAAAACAUAAACAAAUGCAGUGGCAUUGUUAAAAAAAACAAAGAAUUUGUCGAAUGUCUUUCAAGUUUCAAACAUGACUUCCGUGAUUGGUGGUGGUGAUAGUAAUUCAAAUAUAAUUAUUUUUGAUAGUUCAAAAAACGAAAGGAAACUCAAUGAGGAGUUCAAGGUGCUUCAAAGGAAACUUAAAUCAAAAUGGAAAUUUAUAGAAAACAGCGAAGUUCUUACGCAGGAAUCUUUGAUAAAUUGUAAAGUCCUAGUUCUGCCAGGGCCAAAAAGCAAAUUCACGGAAUUGGAACUGAAUUCAAUUAGGAAUUAUAUUAAUUCCGGUGGAAAUGUUCUUGUAAUGUUGGGAGAAGGUGGAGAGAAUAAAUUCAACACAAAUAUCAAUUUUCUACUCGAAGAAUUCGGAAUAAUGGUUAACAAUGACACAGUUGUCCGGAUGAAUUACAGUCAAUCGCUGCAUCCAAAAGAAUGCGUCAUUUCUCAGGGAUUUUCUAACAAAUCACUUUUUUUAAAGAACAGAGACGAACAAACAGGACUAAAAUUCCUUUAUCCGUAUGGGGCAACAUUGAAUAUUGCUUCUCCAUCCGGAAUUGCACUUUCGAGUGGAUCGAUUGCAAUUCCGACAAACAGACCAGUUUGCGCUUAUUAUUCUUCAAACACCAAUUCCGGAAAAUUGGUUGUUCUGGGUUCAUCGAGAAUGUUCACCGACGCUUAUUUGGAGAAAGAAAAAAAUGAUUCCCUCCGGGAAAUGAUUUUCGAUUUUUUCGACUCGGAGGGUGUUUCAACGAAAGAGAUUCACCACGAGGAUGUUGAUUUUUGGGAGUACAAUUUUGUACCAGACAUUACUCAAAGGGCGGACGAUCCAAAAGUGUGCACCCAAGAUAUGGACAAUAUGGAUAUGCCUCGAGAAUAUACAAAAUUGUUUAAAAGAAAUUUCUACUCCGUCAACUUAGAUAUGGUUCCGGCGUGCAUAAAAGCUUACAAAGUUUUGAAUGUCAAACACGAGCCCUUGAGUUUAAUUGCUCCAAAUUUUGAAACGCCCUUGCCGCCCACUCAAGCCUCGGUAUUUCCCCCGAGUUUCCAAGAGCUUCCACCUCCGGCUUUGGAGCUUUUCGAUUUGGACGAAGCUUUUAGUUCCGAUUUAUUGAAACUUUCUCAGCUCACAAACAAGUAUAUGGGGACGAAGAACACUUCUGACGAAAGGGAAUUGGACUAUUACAUUCGAGAAUUCGGAGGAAUCGUCAGAAUUAGCAAUUCCGAAAAAAUGACAUCCAAGGAAAUUUUAAAUCACGUUUUCUUAAAAAUCAGCAGUUACAAAACAAUUCACGAUUAACUUUUACAUUAAAUUAUGUUAAUUUUAUAUUAUUCAAUAAAACAUAAAUUUUUGAAAAUAAUUAAAACUAUUGUUAAAAAUAUAAAUUUAUAUUUUUAACAAUCAGGGUGUCUAGUAAUUUAGAAAUAUAAAAUUCCCGGGGUUUUCCCGGUUUUUUCCCGGUAUGUAAAUAAUUUUCCCGGAUAAUUGAAAACUAAAAUUUUACAGUAAAUUUAAUCGUAAUAUUUGUAAAACUUAUAAUAAGAAUUGUAUUGUGAUUUACUUGACGGUAAUUUCAUGUUUAAAAUCAAAAACAGGUGUCGCAUCACUGUAAAAAUUUGGCACAAGCUUCCCAGUGGGCAAAAAACCAUCAUUGUUUUAAAAACGUUCCAAAAAUGUUUUUAGAACGUUUCAUGUCUGCCAAAUAACGUCCCAAUAACGUUAUAUGUUCCUAAAACGUUUUAAAAGCAAUGGAACGUUUUUGGAACAUUAUUUGGCAGACAUGAAACGUUCUAAAAACAUUUUUGGAACGUUUUUAAAACAAUGAUGGUUUUUUGCCCACUGGAUUGUCACAUCGAAAAUCAUUUCCCAUAUAAGUUAGGUCUUAAUUGGACAAUAAUAAAACAUUGUCUAAUAUACGAAGAGAAUCAAUAUACAAUUCGAAAUUGAAAAAAAAUUAAGUUAAGCGUUGAAAAAAUGUAAGUAUUUUUUCCAACAACAUAAUAAAGUACUUCAUAAAAAAAUUCCCGGAUUUUAAAGAAAAUUCCCGGGGGUUUCCCGGUUUUUCCCG